CUGUUCACAUUCUCCCUGGGCCACUCUCUGCCAGCCUGUAAAACUGAAACUGUAUUUGCAUCCAUGAACCAAAAGGAAUCUUCAUGUUCUGAGCCGUGAGACGUCGAACCCAUGACAAUGAGCUUCUUCGAAAAGCUGAAAAACCGACAUAGUGGACCUCAACAUCCACCCAGAAGAGGAGACAACAAUGCAGGGUUUGAGUGGCCACAAGACGAGUUUGAUGAUGAGGAGGGCGACAUGUAUGAAGCGCCUCCUUGUGAGCGUCCGGCUGUGAAAGUCCCUCACAGACAAGAGGAGGAGGAGGAGGAUGUUUAUCUGGACACGACAUCCAGUCCUGCUGUUCCACUGAGGAACGCUGCUCCUUCACCCAGGCCAGGGAAACCCAUGAAUCCUCUGCAACGUGCUGAGGUUUUCAGCUACGAAUCCAACACCAGGAAUCCACCUGUGAUUGACAGAAAAGAGAAGCCUGGUAGAAACAAGAUGAUGCCUCCUCCUCCACCACCUGCAUCAAACACUGAGGAAGAUGUGUAUCUGGAUCCAAAUGAAGAACAAGAAGAAAAUGAUGAUUUGUAUUUAGAACCAGAAGCGGCUUGUUCCCCUGCUCCACGCGGGCCGAUGAGGAUGUCGCCUUCUCCCAAGUCAACAUUUGUACCGUCUCCCUUACCCAUGAUGAAGCCUCCUGUUCCCAGAGCAAAGUCUAAUUCCUUCUUGCCUUCUUCCAAUGAGGUGAAAACAGCUCCAUCAGUUGAAGCGAGACGAACCACGUUUCCGACCAAACUCCCUCCACCAACUCCCAGUGUUAAACCUCCUCUUCUGGUAAACCUGAAGGAAGCAAAACCCAACCUUAUGACAACAACCAAGCCUGCGGCCCCGUUUUAUGGAAUGAGAGCAACCAAACAAUCUGAGAAUGAGAACAAAGAAUGGUUUGCUGGAGACUGCACCAGAAAGACGGCUGAGGAGCACUUGCUGAGUGUCAACAAGGAUGGUGCAUUCCUAAUCCGGCACAGCUCGGCCCAGAACACCCGCCAAGCAUUCACCCUUGCUGUGCUUUACCAGCAGAAGGUGUACAACAUUCCCAUCCGCUUCCUGGAGGAGGCACGAGGAUACGCCCUCGGAAAAGAGGGCAAAAAGAACGAAGAGACAUUCACCACUCUGGAAGCGAUGAUUUCUCACCACAGAAAUAACCAACUGCUUCUGAUUGACAGCAAGAGUCAGGCCAAGCAUACCGCAUAUUUAACCCACCCUACAUGCCCUUAAACUACUACAGCCAUAAGGAAAUACUGUGUCACUCAUAAUAGUCAUGUUAGAGUUUAUUUCUGCAGCACAUUUAAUACAACCUCAGUUAACCAAAGUGGCUACUAAACAAUACAAAUACUCAACAGAAAUCCUUGAAACAUAAAUCAAAUAUGAGCUAAAAUAAAUAAUAGGAUCAAAAGCCAUAACCAUAAAAUACACUAUAAUAAUAAUUAUUACCAUGCUCAAGGUCACUUUACAGAUUAAAAAACAGCAUGAAGAGCACAACAGCAUGGAGAGCAUAUGGGGAUGCACGAUAUUAUCUGUAGUAUUUUGCUGACUUUUAAAGACGCACACACGCAAGCAUGCACAUGUAUAACAAACCACAUCACACAUGCUCCCCAAUUCUUCCCUUUAUUACAAGCACUAUGAAUCUAUAUCUGUAUAUAUCAGUCAUUUUAUUUCAAAUCUUUUUACUAUAGUUUUCUGACUUUGAUUGUGAAUAGUUGGUAUGUUGCAGGUGUCUCUGAAGUUGUGUGUGAGUGUGUGACCUGCCUGCCAGAGGCCACAGACCAGAUGCUGGUGGUUUCACCUGCUUCCUGUCAGGCUGAAACCCUCCUCUGAGUCACAACCCUAAAUCUAAGGAUGUGCCAUAAUUCCAGAGUGCCAGAGUCUGUGUCUAAUAAACUAAUUCCGACCUUUAAAUUAAGUCACAAUAACAAAGUAUGGCUGUAAUCUCAUGACUUUACAUAAACAAAGAGCAUCAUACAGUUUGACCUUAACUCAGACAUUGCCUUAAUUAUGAGCCCUUCAUCCUUGAAACUUAACCGUUUUAACCGUCUGAUCAUAUCAUGAUGUACAUUUUCAACAGCUGCUGCAGGAUGGAAACAAAGAAUCUUGUGCGAGUCAUGGUAUUUGCAUAGCAGUGUAAAUGAGCACUAAAUAACUUCCUGGAGCCAAUGUAAUGUUGCAAGUGUGUGUGUGGUGCAUCUUGUUUCUCUGUUGCUGGAUUACUGUUGCUGGAUUACUCUGGGAUAACAAACUGAUGUGUCCUCAAGGUCCUGAUCCCAAAAACAUUGUGCAAUCUGCAACAUACAGUGCAGUGCAGCAGCUCAACAUGCAUACAUUGUAGGGUCACUUUAAAGUAGUGAUGCCAUUUUAAUUUACUCACUUUCAGUACUAGAGGAGGAGGAGUGGCAAAGUUGUAUUUAGCAACUGCAGACCUUUUAUAAUGGUAUCCAAAAAAUGAAUGAAACUGGUCGAAAUACAAACAUACAAACCUCUGGACAACGUUCCCAGAACGUUCUCUUUUAGUUGUAAGAAAUAAAACCAAAAUACAGCCGAAUGGGAACGUACCGCGGAGCAACCGUAGGAGAACGUUUACAUUUUUGAUUCCCUCAAUGUUUAGGGAACGUUAGGCCUCUGCCUAACCUGACAGAAUGUUCUCUAAACGAGAACCAUGGUCUAACGUUCUUUGAAUGUUGUGUGUUAGUAGGGAUGGCUAACCCAAAGGCCUGCAAGAUACCAAGAUAUUUUCAUUCAAAAAUAUAAUUUGAAUGACAUCAAAGAUACCUAUUGCCCCUGCUCUGUUUAUAUUUCAGUUACUUGGAAUGUAUCAUUUGCUUCAAUUAUUGUUUUAACAUUUGCAUUCUACUGUAAACUUUGAUGGAUUUUUAUUUG